UCUUUUUUUCUCCUUUUACUUUCCCAAUUCCCUCUCUUAAAAACUCAAUUUGUCAGUCAUCGCCCCACGAGCCACUCCAUGGUGAUGCCCACCCAAGCCACUAGCCAACGAAGGUGGUUACCAUACGGGUUGAGUGACGAAUUGAUGAUCCAUUUGUUCGCCGUUCGUCAUUCGUCAUCGGUCGUCUAUUGUCUAGCGAUCUAGCACGGAUUGGGUCGGAGUUAUUUCGUUUCAGGUAAUCUGUAAAAAAUUUUGUUUAUUCUUUGUUGGUUUAUUGAUUUGUUUCUCAAAUCUAGGGUUAUUUGAUUUUUUUCCUUGUUCCAAUUGUUAUGUGAAUAAUUUGAAAUUAAUUACUAAUUAAGAUUUUCAAUUGUUAAAUUGUAUUUUUUUUUGGAUACUCCAAAUGAACUUUGGAUUCUGUGUGAGUUUUGGUUUUGGAUUUUGGGGUUUCAGGAUGUGUUUGUAAGGUGUUUGAUAAAAUCCUUGACCGGAAAUUUGGGGGGCUGGCGUUGAAUUUUAAUGAUAACAUUUGUAUGGUUUUUUUUUUUACUGUCUACGCUCACUCAAUCUGGAAGAAAAUCUGGAAAAUUCAAGUUCUACCACGCAUUAAAAUAUUUGCUUGGAGAGCGUUGCAGAAUGUUCUUCCAACUCGGCACAACAUACACUAUCGUGUUAAAGAGCAGGACCCGGACUGCAGCAUUUGCCUAAGGGACUAUGAGACUACUGUCCAUGCCCUUAGGGACUGCAAGCUUGCUAAAUCCGUUUGGGCUGGAAGUAAUUUCACAAUUGUUGCUGAGUCUCGUACCAAUAGUGUCAUUGAUUGGUGGGAAGGGUGCCUAUCUGAAUUUGAUGAGGUUGAAGUUGCUACUAUUAUCAAUCUAUGUUGGGCAAUUUAGAGUGCUAGAAAUGCUUAUAUUAUGGAAGGUGAUACCCCAAACCCCAAGAAUAUUGUUAGAUAUGCAAUGAAGACUUGUGGGAAGGUGUGUGAUGAUCUGAAUGGCUCUCUGGUUAGGCAUAAUAAUGCUGGUGUGAUAUGGCCUGAUAAGUGGUGCCCUCCUGCUGCUGGGUCCUUCAAAGUGAAUACUGAUGCAGGGUGUAUGCGUGGCUUAGGGGCUGGUUUGGGUGAUGUGCUUAGGGACGAUCAGGGGGCAGUUUGUGUGUGUAUAGUGUCUCAAUCUCCUGACAAUUGGGAACCAAAUAUUGCAGAGGCGAGGGCUGUGCUUGAAGGCAUGAAGCUUGCGAAAAGUUAUGGGGUGCAAUAUCUUAUUGUGGAGAGCGAUUGUUUGGCUAUCAUCCAAGCUUUGCGUGAUAGAGUGAGUGGCUCGGGGUACCUUCAUUUGAUAGUGGAUGACAUACUAGAUUUCUGUAAGCAUUUUGUUUCCGUUAAUUGGUCUUUUGUGAAGAAAGGGGGGAACAAAAUUUCUCAUUGUUUGGCUCAUUUUCAACCAUGGAAGGUUGGCCAAAGAGUGUGGCAUGAUGCAAUCCCUUCUCGUGUGAUGGAACUUGCUAUUGCUGAUUUAAUCUAAUGUUCUUUCCCCGUUGUGGAUUUUUUUCAGAAAAAAAGGUAAGAUUUUGUUGUAAUACCCUUGCUACUUAGAUAAUCUAACAAACUAAUCUAGACUUUGUUUUAUGUGAAGUUAGGUGAUCAUGUGCUCGAAUAUGCGUUCAGGUGGGAUCAUAAUUGUCUGCCUAUCAAAGAUAUUAAGCUCUUAAACCCGUAUCCAAAUCACUGAUCAAAUGGAUGAAGACGAAAGAUUAGGAUAACAAGUAGUGAUGAGACUAAAUCGUGACCGAGAUAAAGUUUGAAGCUUUUGGCUAAAUGCUAUCGCUGCUGCUGUCACUUAUUGUUACUACUGUUUUGCUGCUACUACUGCAAUCUGCUACGUUCUGCUGCUAUUGUUGUUUGUUGUUGACUGCUGCUACUGCUGUUUGCUGCUACAUACUACUGGUAUUGAUGUUUGUAGCUGCUGUUACUGUUGCUGCUGUUCUGCUAGUUAGCUGCUGGCCUGCUGCUAUCAUAUUACUUCAGCAUUGACUAUUGUUUGAGAUUUUUAUUAUUUCCUCACUUUUUCUAAGCUAGAGACUGAACCUAACUUUCUUUUUGUGAAUUUAUAUUUAGGAAAAUUGAUGUUUAUGGAUGUUUUUUGUAAGAAUUAUGAAAUUAUUUCAA